AUGAACGGACCGCACAUGGCCUUCGCCGGCCACAUGGCUCACCCUGGUGACCCGUCCAGCGAUGACAUGACGCCCAUGCCCCUCGAUUUCGGCCUUCUCAUGCCCUCGGAUCCCAGACUCGCCUCGUUCGAAUACGCUCACGGCAGCGCCAAUCUGGGUCACCAACACAUGCACCGGCCGGUGCUCGGCGACAAGAUGCCAAUCAGCAACUUGGCACAUCAUCAGCAGCUGCCGUCGGCCGGUCCCCGUCGCCCGCCUGCGCAGGCCCUUCUAAACGGACGGCACAUGGCGGCAAGCACGGUCCACUCGACGCACCCGCCGCCCAUGGAUCAUGGUCAGUCCUACACGUGGGAGAACAUCUUCAACGCUUCGGGCAUCGGUCACCCCCCAUUCAACCCCGCCGCCUUUGCUUUCGGCAAGAAUGACGCCGCCUCCGAGUGCGGCUCCGCAUGCGAAGGCAGCUGCCCUAGCCAAUGUGGCGAUGCCGGCCAUGGCGUCUGCUGCGACGAUGACGACUGCCGAGGCCCCCAGAUGUGUCUCGACGAUGCCUGCCGCGGCGCCGACCAAGCUUGCACGGAUGAAAGCUGCCUCACCGAGACCGUGCAGGGCAGCCAGCCCGAGGCAGGCCCCGCCAUGACGGACAUUGACAAGGAGGCCGCCGCCGCUCUGGCAUCCUUUGGCGAGAACCCCCUGCUUGUCGUCCCCUCCGGCUACCUGCAGGCCUCACCCGUGGCCCCCCCCCCGCCUUCGAGGGACGGGCCCUUCCCGUACGCGAACUUCCCCCCCAUCAUACCUUGCGGCAGUUUGUCGAUGGAAUCCAUGUUCCCCAACAGCGCCGACGCCUUCCAAAACCAGCAAUAUCAAAUGGCUUUCGAGUACGCCCUUGCCAACCACAUCAUGCAGUACCACGAUCCGUCGCAGGGGCUCGCCCAUGCAGGAAACUGCGUCGCCAAUGAUCCGAGCCAGCUGAUAUCCAGAUGCACCUUGCCCAAGUUCCAACCCAACGACAAUGCCGACCCCUAUCUUGCCCAGCUUCAAGGAAGGCACGAGUGCGGCUUCCAGGUCCAGAGCCCCGAUUCCUUCGCCCACCACAUUCUGCAGGAGCAUCGGCAUGCGCUCGUGGUGCCGCCGUCGCAGAACCCCCGGUUCCCGGACGCAGUCCAGAAUCGCCCUCACGCCAACUGUCGCUCGCCUCACCCGCGCGGCCAGCACACCGUCGGACAAGCUCAUAUCGGCCGUCAUCUGGCCCAUGGCAAGCCCUUCUCCCCGUCGCCUUCCCCCCUGGCGAGCAUGUCCAUGGGCUCCUCCUGGUCGACGGCAACCUCUUCAUUGGCCACACCAUCGCCGCAUGCAUCGGAUACUGGCAUUCCAGAGCCUAGCCCUGCGGGGGUGCCUCAGAGCACUCAUCGCCCAUUGACGCCCCAGGCUUCGCUGGCGGAUGACCAGUUCGUCUGCCGCUGGCUGGCGCCAACCGGUGGUAUUUGCGGGAGACGAUUCGACGGCGACGAAGAGCUCCAGAAACAUUGCAAAAUCGAUCACCUCAAGCAGCUCAAGAAGAGCCGAGGGGGCUUCCGAUGCGGCUGGGAGAACUGCGCCCGAGAUACUUGCUUCACCCAGCGAAGCAAGGUGGAACGACAUAUGCAGGUCCACACAGGAUUCAAGCCUGUCCAAUGCAGCAUCUGCGGCGCCGCACUCUCGGCCAAGCAGGCUCUCGACCAGCACAUGAGGAUCCACACGGGCGAGACGCCCUGGAUCUGCAAGUAUCCCGGCUGCGGUUGCGCAUUCAAGCAGCAGAGCGCCUUGACCAUGCAUGAACGCACCCACUCAGGCGACAAGCCCCUCGAAUGCGAGAUAUGCGGCAAGAGGUUUAGCGAGUCAUCCAACCUGUCCAAGCAUCGCAGGACGCACAACGUCAAGGGCAUGCACGAGUGUCAGCUCUGCGGCAAAGACUUUCACAGGCUCGACCAGCUCCGACGGCACAUGGGCUCCAACCAUAGGGACCGGCCCGCCGAGGUUGACGCCAUCCUCAGCAAGGCCAUGAACAGGCUCCCCGGGGCGAGAAAGGUGUCAAAGAUGCCUCGGAAAGUUGUCAAGAAGGGGGAGUCCGAAUAUAUCACCGCCAAGACGCUGGAGCUGAUGGAAGACGACUUGCCCAUCCUUGUCCUUGGCCCAGAGUGA